GGUCCGAGACGCUGCCGACGGACACGCCGGCUGCACUGGACGAUUCUCAGAGCUGCACGGUAAAGCGCUGGCGUUCUGCCGCCUUAGACGGGGAUUCCUGGGAUCGCGCUCCGAAACACUUGCAGGAAACAUGGGAAUGGCGAGGGCGUGGCUUCUCUUGGUGCUGACCGCGCACUGCUCCCGGUCGGCGGACAUCCUGUUCGUGGCGCCCACGUGGGCUGUCAGCCACGCGCUGCCCCUGCACAAGGUGGUGACCGCACUGCUCGACAGGGGGCACCACGUCACCUACGUCACGCCGCACCCCCUGCAGCCCGAGAAGAACGAGAAUUACACCCUGGUUGACCUGACUCUACCUGUCAUGAAACCUGCAAUAGUGAACAGGUCAAUCUUGGCAGAUACGUGGCCAAUGAGGCUAGUUGAAGCGUACCACGAAGCUGGUGUUCUAUGCUGCAACAGACUGAAGCACCCAGCAAUGCAAGAAUGGCUCAAGUCUGACCAUAGGUUUGAUCUUGUCGUCAUGGAGCGUCUGCCGUACCAGUGUUUCUACGGGCUGGUGCACAAAGUGGGGCUGCCCCCCAUGGUUGGCAUCCUGACACUUCCUGCUAUGGCACCAACCUACUACGCCAUAGGCAACCCCAUAAACCCAGCAUAUCUGUCAGAUGUUUUCAUUGGAUACACCGACCACAUGAAUUUCUGGCAGCGGCUGUACAACACUUACUUCAUCGCAAGGUUUCUCUAUUUCUGGCAGACAACAGUACUGCCUGCCCAUGAAGCGAUUAUGAGGGAAAUUUUUGGCCCAGAUCCACCAUCAGUUUACGAAAUGGAGCGCAACUUCAGCAUGCUGAUAGUUGAUGUUCAUUUCAGUGGGGAUUACCCUAGACCAAAUGUACCAAAUGUGAUUGAAGUCACAGGACUGCACGUAGAAGACAAUGUCGAACCAUUACCACAGGAUAUCCAGAAGUUUCUGGACGAAGCAGAGCACGGCGUCAUCUACUUCAACCUCGGCUCGAACGUCAAGAGCAGCACGCUGCCGGAACAUAGAAGGCAGGCGUUCGUGGACGCCUUCAGGGAGAUACCGCAGAGGGUUGUCUGGAAGUGGGAGGACGACAACAUCCCUGACCUCCCAGACAACGUACUCGUGAGGAAGUGGCUCCCUCAGCAGGGCAUUCUGGCUCAUCCAAAAGUGAAACUGUUCAUCAUGCAAGGCGGUAUACAAAGCCUAAAUGAAGCAGCGUUUCGCUCCAUACCGCUGAUCGCCGUGCCGUUCUUCUCUGACCAGCGUCACAACUGUGCCAAGAUAAACGCAGCAGGAAUUGGUGUCCGAAUUUACCUCAAGGACAUCACGAAGGAAUCUGUCCUUGAUGCCAUACACAGAGUUCUGGAAGACCCCAGCUACAAGAAGAACAUGGCGCAGUAUUCUCGGCUGUUCCGCGAGCACCGCGAGCAGUCUGUGGAGACGGCGGUGUGGUGGCUGGAGUACGUGGUCCGCCACAGGGGAGCGUCGCACCUGCGCAGCGCCACCCUGGACCUCCGCUGGUGGCAGCUGCUGCUGGUCGACGUCGUCGCCUUCGUGCUGGCCGCCGCCGCCGCCGCCGUCACCGCCCUCUGGUUCGUGGCCAGGAGGCUGCUGGCCGCCUUCACAGCGCGGAAGGACAAGCUCAAGACCCACUGAGCCACACCUGCCUGCGAGGUGUGACAGUAGCGCGAUGUACAAAGUUACCGCAAAGAAUGCUGCACCGAAUAAUUGAUCAAAUAUUGUGAUGAUCCCUACAUUAAGGCAACAUCGGGACUAAUUAUCUGGUGAUUUACUGUAAACACAACCAUAUACAAUAGCCUUAAGUGUGGUAUUUGCCAUCAACGGAAGUAAAAUGGACUGGUGUUGAGCUGCAACAAUGUAAUUAAUGUAUAUCAUAGUUGUUUGUAUUUCACUACAAUACAUAUGUUUUCGACCAUUGGUGGUAGUUACCGCGCAAGGUGGCGCAGUUGUAAGAAAAUGGACUCUUAUUCUGGAGGACGCCAGCUCAAAUUCACGUCCGGUCUUCCCUGAUUUCAGUAAAUCGCUUAAGAGAAAUGCUACGACGGUUCCUUUGAAGGGCAAGGUUGAUGACUUCCUCAACACGAACUUGUAUUCCUUGUCUUAUGAACUCGUCUUCGAUGGGACACUGAAAUCUUAUCUUCCACUUUUAUUGUAGUGUUGGGGUGACGGGUUCGUUAGUGGAGGUAGAUGGGCGGCAUGGGUCACGAAGUCCGCCCCCGGUAGCUGAGUGGUGGUUAGUUGCCUCUGUAA